AUGGCGGCCGUCCCUCCGAGUGAAGAGCUUUUUGUGACGGGUCUGCCCAUGAACUGCACCAGCGAGCUCUCGAAGCAAGUCUUUAGUCAGUAUGGAGCGGUCAAGGAGACGACAGUUCUUCCAGUUUCCCCAGGGAAGCAAGCCGCAGCAGGCUUCGUGGUCAUGGGAAGUUUGGAAGAUGCCAAAUGGGUCGUGGAGCACGUCAACGGUAACGUUCCGCAAGGAUUAUCGAAUCCGGUGACUGUGGUCUUCGCGACUCCCAAGAUUCAACGCCCGGGUGGAAAGGAGAAGAUGAUGAUGAAAGGAAUGGGGAAAGGCAAGGGCAUGCCACCAGAGAUGAUGGCCAUGAUGGGCAUGAUGAUGAGCAUGAUGGGCAAAGGCGGAGGCGGAUGGGGAGGUUCCUGGGGCAAAGGCGGAGGCCACGUGCAUCCUCCAGGCAAGUACAAGACUAUGCUGUGCCGCGACUUUGAGGCUACAGGACAAUGUUCCCGGGGAGAGUCCUGUACCUUCGCCCAUGGACCCGCGGACCUCCGGGGUGGGAAAGCCGCUUGA